AUGUCAACUUCUAGAUCCGAACACUUGACUCUCGGCUACGCCUCUCAGUCUGGCAGUCAACCUCGUUCUGGUUCUCCUUCAGCCAGCAACUCCCCCAUUGAUCCUCUACCGCCUUCUAGGUCUCCGUUCGGUUUGUCUGGAGGUCUCAACCCUUCAAACAAGAUGGCGGGCAACUCGCGAUCCGGGGCUGGUUCUCCGUCGCACGACAUCCCUGGUUCUAGCCGGCUGUUCUCCAAGAGAGCUCGUGAGAUCCAGGCCCAGGAAGGUGUAUCAGGUAUGCCUCUUUGGGGCGGCCCUCCCACAAGCGGUAACUCUACGCCGCUACGCGAGAAUAUUCCCGAGUCCCCAACCGAUGGGUUUCCAGAUUUUGCUCAGCUUCCUACACCGGACUCGAUGCCUCAGACGAGACGUGCUCGCGCCGGCACAGUGCCCUCUCGUUUCUCUCCUGGGGGUGCCGGUAACGGCAUACCUGGCGUGCCUGGCUUAGCUGCCAAGACCAACAGGCCCACGCCGACUCAGAGCCCUUUCAAGUCGCCUUCUCCUAACCCUGACGGACAGGAGAACCCCUCCAACAGUUCGACCCUUCUUUCUCGCCUCCGUGCCGGUUCCAUGCCCCAGAGGAGCCAGUACGCCCCAAUUCCUGGAACCAAUUCGCCUUUUGGUCCUUCGAUCUUUAGCAGCUGGAACCCUACAGGCGUUGGUCGUGAAAGAGCAUCUACCUUAGCCAGCAUUGCUAGUGUUGGUUCCAAUGGUCCUAGCUCUCCUGCUCAGUCCCAGUUCUCCAAGGAAGGAGGCGGUGAGUCAGAUGUCCAUAUGAGAACUCUGGAUUAUCUUGGUCUUGCAGAGACCCCGCAGCCUCCCCGUGCACAGCUCGCAGCGACUCCUUACCUGGCCAAUCUCGACUUCACCAAGCAGGCAAGCCGAUUCCGAUCUUACUCAGUCAAUAACAAAGACAAAUAUGCCGACGACGAGGACGACUAUGAUGCCGAUAUGCCCCUGGAUCCCCAGUAUGUUGCGGCACUUCAAGAUCAGCUAGCUGCUACCAAUGCCGCCAUUCACAAUCACAACCUCGCUGUUCAAGCUUUUGCCAACCAAGCCUCAGCUAAUCGACCCCGGGCCCGCACCGCUGGAGUCUUGGAUACCCCUGGAAGUCGGUUGAUGCGAACCUACGUGUCUGGCAAUUCUGGCCUUUCCAACCCCGUCGCCCCAGCUGAAAUUCGUCUGCAAGAUGACAAAGAUUACGAGGAUCUCCCUCAAGCUGUUGCCGGGAUCAAUCUUGGUAGAUCGAACAGCCGCAAUGCAGGCCUCCUCGGCGCUGACGAGCAGGGCCUCGAAGGUCCUACCAGCGCACUUUGGCUGGGCAGCAUUCCCACAUCGACCACUACGUCAACUCUGAUUGAGAUGUUCAAAUCCCAUGGUCCUAUCCUCUCGGCCCGGGUUCUCACUCACAAGAACUGUGGUUUCGUCAACUUUGAGAGGGUGGAAAGCGCCAUCUCGGCCAAAGCCAGUAUGAACAGCAAGGAAAUUUUCCCCGGUGCCGGGCCUAUUCGUAUCAACUUCGCCAAGCCACCGUCUGCGUCCAACACCCCUGGCCACGAUGGAGUAUUCCCAUCUCCCAGCCCUGAUCCGUUCUCCAAAGGACAGGACAGUGCCCAAGGUACAAAUGUCACUACCCCUGCCGGCGAGACUGCUUCAGCCUCUGCUGCCACGAACACAGCACCAAAGGCUCCUUCUCUUCGUGAGAUGACCACGGAUAUCCUCGAUAUUGUCAAGCAGUUUGGUGCCUCCGAGGAGGACAGGUUCAGAAUCUCUCGCAACCUCCAGUCAGCCAUCCAGUUUAACUCGUUCGUGGAGGAAAUUCCUCCCAUUCGUGAGCCUGCUCACACUCGUGUCCACGAUGCACCCAAACUUCGGGAUAUUCGCAAGCGAAUUGACAACCAGAGUUUAUCCCAAGCCGAGAUCGAAAACAUUGCCGUCGACAUGCUUCCCGAGAUUGCCGAACUCUCGUCUGACUAUCUGGGUAACACAGUGGUGCAGAAGUUGUUCGAACACUGCUCUGAUCAGCUUCGUGAUGCCAUGCUGUCUGAGAUUGCUCCUCACAUGGCUGAGAUUGGUGUUCACAAGAACGGCACUUGGGCAGCCCAGAAGAUUAUCGAUGUUUGCAAGACUCCUGCUCAGAUGUCUUUGAUUGUUGAACACAUCCGCCCUUACACUAUUCCUCUUUUCCUGGAUCAGUACGGCAACUAUGUUCUUCAGGGCUGCCUUAAGUUUGGCGCCCCCUAUAACGAUUUUAUUUUUGAGACUAUGCUUGCCCGUAUGUGGGAGGUCGCCCAGGGCCGAUACGGUGCUCGUGCUAUGAGAGCUUGUCUCGAAAGUCACCAUUCAACCAAGGACCAGCAGCGAAUGCUGGCUGCUGCCAUCGCUCUCAACAGUGUGCAGCUGGCGACCAACGCCAAUGGCGCACUUCUCCUGACUUGGUUCUUGGACACCUGCACGUUCCCUCAGCGUCGAACAGUCCUAUCGCCCCAACUUGUGCCUUACCUGGUUCACCUUUGUACCCACAAGGUUGCCUAUCUCACCGUACUAAAGGUCAUCAACCAGAAGGCAGAGGCAGAUGCUCGGGAUGCUAUUCUUCAAGCCCUGUUCUUCACGCCCAAUGAUCACGUGCUGGAGGCUAUUCUGAAGGAUCAUCAAUGCGGCGCUACUCUCAUCUUCAAGGUGCUUACGACGCCUUUCUUCGAUGAGUCUAUCCGCAAUCAGGUCGUAGAGAAUGUCAAGAACGUCCUCGUCAGAAUCAAGGCCCAGCCCAACCAAGGUUACAAGCGCCUAAUGGAUGAAGUUGGCUUAUCCACCCGCAGCGCCGGUAAUAACCGUGAAGCCAGCACCCACGCUGAGCAACGCCAACGUCCAUCAUCCAGGCAGGCGAACGCCAACGGUCAUCACCCUAACUCUGCACACUCCAACAAGCCAUUCUACAAUCCUAUGAACCAGCCAGCUAACCCUCCUGGAUUUGAUAUGCCAUAUGGAGGUCAAAGGAACGAGCCUGCGGAGGGUGGCGUUUCUGCAUUCCCUCAGUUCAACCAGGGCAUGAUGUACAACACGCCCGGUGGCCCAAUGCCUGCCAAUAUGCAGCCAAUGCAGUAUCAGCAGAUGAUGAACCGCGGUCCACCCCCCAUGAACUAUAAUUAUCCUCCUAUGCAGGCUGGAUAUGGUGGCUUCAAUGGACCUAACCCUUCCGUUGACCAGUACCGCCAGCAGAACAUGCCUAACGGAAGCCCUAUCCAGCCGCCUGUUUCGCAGAUGCCUCAGAUGCCCGCCGGUCAAACCCCUUUCGCCCCUCCAGGAUUUGGCAUGGGAAUGGGUAACUACGGCUACGGAAACAUGGGGGGUAUGCCCAACAUGGGAUACAUGCAACAGGAGCAGGGUAACGGUAGACGAGGCCGUGUAAGACAACCUCAGUCUCGCAACGGGCAACAAAGAAGAGGGGGCUAA